GAUCGACUAUGUGUUGUUCUCUGGACCACAGAAGAGUGCCUCUCUCGAUAACCUUCCAACCCUCAUGGGUGUCCUUCUCCCACAACCUGAUAGGGUACAACUCAGCUACAAGUACCAUCUAGAUGGGUCGCCCGUGUUGGGACCACAGGGAAAACAUCUCAAGGAAAUCCCGUUUCUUCCAGAUUUUAUCCCUUAUGAUGCUGUCAUCAGCAACAACGGAGACUGGCAAGUUGCGCUCACUGCCGCUUUUGGUAUCAAGUUGCACCAUAUCAUCGAACGUGUCCCUCCUACGGAAGAGUUUGCCAGACUCGGCGAAGCUGGCCCUGCUCUGUUCUACAGCCAACUUCCACGCCGUCUCAGUAACCGUGCAUCUCGCAUCCGCUCUAAGAUCGGUGGUCUAGGACCCAUCAGUCGACGUCGCAAGCUUGCAGAUGGUAGCGGUAGACAAGGGCCCUGCCCGCAAGACAAGAACAUUGUCGGACGCUCUCUCAGCGGCCUCAAUCUCCUCCACAACGUCGUUUGGCCCAUCCACUACGACACUGUUAGCAAGAUCUGGUACAUGCGCCAGCCGGGCAGUGCUGUGCAUAUCCGCCACCUGCUGCCUCGCCCACAACCGCUGCCGGAACGUGUGAUGCAGACCCUCGAGGCGAUAGGCUGGGAGCGCAAAAGGAUGCCACAAAUGCACCAUCUAGAGAGGCUGCAGAAGCAGUUUAUCGAUAACAUUCUCCCCGACGGUACCUCCACACUUGGCUGCACUAACUACUUUGAGCAACCAAAACCCAAGGACCCGCGUAAUCGUAAGAAGCGUGCUAGUGGAGUUCGGACGCUGAAUGAUGGCCGUCGUGUCAAGAGAACUAAGACUGGAGUGCUCAAGUAUAUCGCAAAGGACGACGAUGGCAUGGGAGAUGACACCGAGGACGAGAGUGAUGACGAAGGCGAGGACGAGGACGAGUAUGAGGACUAUCAGAGUGAGGAGGAAAUUGAAGACGAAAUUGAAGACGAAAUCGAGGAUGACAUCGAGGAGGAAAUUGAUGAAGUAGUCGAGGAAGAAGCCAACGAAGAGGUCAAUGAGGAGAUCGAAGAGGAUAUUGAAGAGGACAUUGAAGAGGAAGGCGAAGAGAAAAUCGAAGAGGACAUGGAAGGGGAAGUGGAGGAGAGAAUCAGCGAGGCCAUCAAACAAGAGCCCACAGACAGCACCGCCGAGAACGACACCCAAGGUGAGAUCAAGCAUGAAACCGAGCCAGAAAUCGAACGUGAAGUCGAGGAAGAAUCAGAGCAUAAAUUCGAGCCUUGCACCCCAUCCAACCCCAAGCAAGAAAUGAUGCAGGAAAUGGCUGACGAAGACACCGCCCAUUCCCCAAUCACCGAGGUCGACGACGAAAUGUACGAGCUCGAAGAAGGAGAGAUAUUGGAAUCUACUCCUGAGGCUGAAAUCCAUCGCCACCGUCACCACCGCAACUACCACCACUACCGCCGUGUAGGAGGCUUAGAUUACGACGAGGACGAACACUGGCAGUUGCGUGGGCCAGAGUAGACGCUCUGUCCUGCCCCUGAAUACGGAUGGAUGUCAAGCGAUUAUUCCAAGCGAUGGAGUGGCUAUGUGG